UUAAAGCCGUUUACCCGGUGGCGAGGUAGUCGUAUUCCUAGCUGCGUGCUGCGAAGUUCACUAGAACAAUGGAGAUCUCAACACUUGUUUUCCUGAUUUUUGUGGUGCUAGCUGUCAGCGACGUACAGGCUGCUCGCAGUGGUCCAACCUUGGCUGAUCGAGUGGCAGUGAUGGAGGAGGAGAUUAAAACAUGGAAAAUUGUAACUGUUAAAGCUAAGACCAAGAGGAGUACCUUGGCUAGACGGAUGAGACUGGUGUUAGCUGAAGUUGACAGCCUAAAAUACAGUUUACAAAACACCAAGACGCAACUGAAAGUAAUAACUCAAGAGCUGAGACAUGUUCGACAGGAAAAAGACAUGUACAGCGAGAGUGUUGGAAAACUACGCGACGAGAUGAAUAAGACGGCAGCUGAUCUGCGUGAUGCCAGGAUGCUGAUAUCUGAACUGAAUUCGACCAAUCAAGAUCUUUUUGCUACAAAACAACAGAUCACAGGUCUUACCAGGGACUUGAUGACACUGAAUUUGAGUUGUUGUGUGGUGAGGGAUGAGGCUAAAGAGACUGAUAGUAAUGAGAGUUCGAUGUCAACAUCGUCAUUGUCGCAGGUGUUACUCACGACAUCGACCACGACGUAUCCUGGAACUACUGCAGCCUCGACUGGCCCGACCCAGAACAACACCGUUCCACCAUCGCCGGUGACGACACAAGACUCUGAUCUACAGGCCUCGACAACCGACGUGAGUGAUGAUCUGACACCGAGCAAGACGGUUCCACCAGCGCCAGUGACGACGCAAGACUCUGAUCCACACACGACUCCAUCACCAGCAGACCGCCGCCUCUACUCCGCCAGCGGGGCCGGUGACCUGGAGACAGUGAAGCGGAUCCUGGCAGCGGGUCACGUGGACAUCAACACGAGAGGAGGAUACUGGAGCAAGACACCGGUGAUGGAGGCAGCAUAUGAAGGACACAGCGAUGUGGUGGAGUUCCUGGUGGGUAGAGGGGCUGAUGUGUCGCUGGUCAGCGGUAGCGGUAGCAACGUCCUUCACUACGCCUGUCUUCGUGGAGACUGGGAGAUCGUGAAGCUGAUCGUGUCCCUCAACGUGGUGGACAUCAACGCCAGGAACAACAACGGGGAGACAGCGGCCGACUACGCGAGACGCCAGGGACAUCAGCGAGUGGCGGAGUUCCUGGUGUCACGUGGUGGACACUGAAGUCGGUGUUGGUGUGGACAGUGACGGUGCACAUGUCGUUACUGACACUGACGCGGUGUGUGCCGUCCACGUUGUCGUGUGUCACGAUUCACGUGAUUUCCUUUUUUCUUCCUGAAUAUAAAUAAAACUUGUUGAAUGUA